AUGCAGGGCUACGCAGGAGGCCAUGAGGAGCGCCUGGCCUUCAGCGUGGAUGGUCGGGUGCUCUUGAAGAAAACCUCUAUGGAAGAAGCGCAUUUUUACUUGUGGCUGCGCCGUCUUGCUCAGAUCGAUCCUCCUGAAGCAGGGGAUACUGGCGCCGCGGUAGAAUCUGCAGUGAUAUCUCCAGAGGCGGCAGCACUCGCAGAACCAGCUGAAGUGUUGGGAGGGAUCAGCACGAAAAGUGGGGAAGCACGAGGUUCCCCCGGGAAUUUUGUCAUCUGCCCGUUAGGUUGCCUGCAGGACUGCCCCCUCCUGGCGUUGGACUGCGCUUGGCAGCCCGUCGGUGAGGGUCAUGCCAACGAUAGCGAGGGGGGGCCCUCGGGGGGAGAGACUGAGAACGCGAACGGAGACAGAAAAAGGCGGGGUUGUAGAGGCGCUGACUGCAGUGAAGGCAGCCGCUGCAUUGCUCUGCAGCUGCUGCAAUGGAUGCCAUUUGCAUUCAGAGUGUAUCGAUCCGAUAGGGGUCUCUCGAGCGAGUCCUUGAGCAGAAAGGAGGUGGCGGCUGUGGAGCUGGAAAACGUGUUGUUUGGGCUUGAAACCCCCCUUGUGAUCGACAUCAAAAUCGGGACUCGACUGCACGGCGAUCUCGCCACCCCUCUAAAAAGACAGCGUGCAGCGCUUCAAGCAAAAGCCCGUGGAGCGACGUCCCUCGGUAUUUCCUUCUCCGGCUUGUGGGGAAUAGAGGAUGGCCAGGAGAUGAGGUGGAGGGGGGGCUCUCGGCAGCAGAGAGGGGCCUUCAUACCCACAAACCUGGACGCCUAUGUUGAGCUCUUUAGGGCGUUUCUCGUCUCUGGAGGUGCACAGCCAGCUCGGUCACACGCUCCAGGAACGACUGCAGACCGUACAGUCAAGCUGAAGCUAAUAGAUUUCGCGCACGCAACGCUGUUUCCACAGGAAUCUGACACGGGAUACCUUAGAGGCAUCGAGUCCCUUAUACUGGCAGUAGAGGCCGCGGCUGCCUCGUGUCGAGAAGGACCCGGCGCCAGUGGAUGCAGGGAGCUUCUGGACCUCUGGGCAGCACGAGGGAGCUCAAAUUAA